GUGGCGAUGAUGAUGAUGCUGAGGAUGAGUAAUCUGUUUUUACUGGAAAAUUAUGUGAUUGUGCGCCGUUCAGGAACCCCUUUGCUAUUACUUUGAAAAGUAUCUGUUCAUUGUCUGAUCAUUUCCAUUCCAUCAUAAGUCCUUCUGACAAUCUCUGAUUCAUCUUCUCGAAUUAUGAUUUGUUUGAAACUUUGUGUCUGUCAUCAAGUUAUCUGUUUGAUCAUUUAUCCUUUUUCUUUUGAGUGGAAUCUGUGGUAUGUGUUGAUCAUUCCUGUUAUAGGUGUUGCUAGGCUUAUUAAUCCGAGAAUGAUUUGUGUUAUCGUUUAUGGCUCAGAUGUUUCUGGAUAAGUUUGCCCAUUGAUCUGUUGGAAUGUGUGGUAUUGUUUGAUCAUUUGUUUUUUGCUUGAAACUUGUUUUCUUUAUGGCUCAUGAUCCUAUGAUUGAGAAUCUGUGGUCUGUGAUCUGAGCUUACUGGAUCCAUAUCUGAUUCUGAAUUCUUCGUUUUUAUUCGUUUCAGACUAGUGGGAUGGCAUUGAACUUGGCAUUGUUCAUCCUCAAGUUACAUGUGGCUCAGCAAAGCUCUCAUUGUUGCCGAAUAAUGCUGUCUAGUAUGGGAGCAAUGCAUGAUUUGUGGAUACCUGUGACUGAUACAUGGUUCUAGAAUAGCUUAUUCUGAUAUAUAUAUAUAUAGGAGUAAAUAGUCGGUGGUGUUGCAAGGAUUUGGUGAAUAAUUUGCUUAAAGUGAAUCAGGCCUGAGUAGGGAAUUUCAGAGAUACAUAUAGAGAAAUUGACACCAGAGAAGGUGUAAGAAAAACGACUUGGGGGUGUGCCCCUCAUAAUACGAGAUAAGUUCAACUUUUGGUGAUGGGCUUACCACAUGCUGCUUCAAAUGAAGCUUUGUCUGCUUCAAUUCACAGCCUUUCGCAAAGUCUGCCCGUAUAUGCCUCUGCCCAUGAUUCUAGUGGCCUUAACGGAGGAACUGAGGGAAGCCUCUGCUCAUCUAUUGGAGAAUUUGAUCGGAAAACAUCGUUGGACCCCCCAGAGUUCUUAGAUGAUUUGUGUAGAAAUGGUGGCACUCUGGCUGUUAUUUCAUCAGCUGCGGAUGGAUCGAUUGUCUGCCCUGUGGAUAAGACUGAUUGGAACCGGACUGCGCUCAGAAGGAUUGUCGGUUUUGAAGCAAAUGCAACUAGUUCAGUGAGUAAUGAAUUCGUGGGCGCUGCUGACAAACACAGUGAAUCAGAGGCUGGUGGACCAGUAAUCAGGAAACGACUGCUGUCUCCUUUUAAUACACUCUUCCCUGAGACAUUCAGAGGUGAACUGCUUGAUAUCAGUUGUAAUGGCCAGCAAACAACUUCUGGCAGUCAGACUAAUGGAUUCUAUGUUUCUGCCUCACAAGAUCACAAAAAAGCAAAUAUCACCGGCAGUUUACGUCUACCCAUAGCCAUUUCAAGCUGCUGGGAAUGGAAGGGAAUUUCUGCAAAUACAAGUAGACUCUCUUCUAUGAUUUUUACCGACGGCAGUCCAUUGGUAGAUGCCCAGGAGCUACAGUCCACAAAAGGUACUGUUUGCUUGUAUUCAUCUGCUUUUGAAACGUAUCGAGAACCCAAUAAGCCAUUGCAGUGUGAUAAUGAAGCAUCUGUCUCUCCUCCACUUUCUCUGUCACCACUUGGCCCAAGAUUUUCUGAGAGAAUAAAAGUUUUACAAGGAAGCCAAAAUGGGAGGAUACAGGAAGAUGAUCAGUGCGUGAGAAAUGUCGAUGAAGAAGCAGAACUCGGGAUUGACCGUAGAUUGUUUGAAGAUGGUAAUGCCGCUCAGAGGACAUUUUGUCCAUCUUCAAUGGAGAGAACCAUUAAAUCAGCUCCUACAUCCCCAUGUAGAAGGUUCUGUAGAAGCUUGAGUGGACGCCCCAUUCAGAGGCCCUUGGUUGGUUCUUUUGAAGAAUCACUUUUGUCAGGAAGAUUGUCUUAUGGCCAAACUAAUCAGAGAAUCGAUGGAUUUCUUGCCGUACUAAGUAUUGCUGGCGGGAAUUUCUCGCCAAAAUCACAGAAGCUGCCUUUCUCAGUAUCUAGUGUUGAUGGUGAUUGCUCCUUACUGUACUACGCCUCCAUUGAUCUUGCUGCGGGAUCUUCUUCAAACAAACUCUGGUGUCAGAAGGUGAAAACGAACCAAAACAACUCUGAUUCUCAGUGUGUCAAGAGCCGGUUGCGUAUCCCCAUGAAGGGACGGAUCCAAUUGGUUCUGAGUAACCCAGAAAAGACACCCCUCCACACUUUCCUCUGUAACUACGACUUAACCGACAUGCCAGCUGGUACAAAGACGUUCUUGCGCCAAAAGGUUACUCUGGCAUCUUCUGCACCAAGUAACGAAUCUAAGCAGAAUACAAGAGACAAGAGCUCGAGAAGAGACAGCUCCAUUCAUGCGGACCAAACUCUCGGUACUCAAGGUGGUGAAAGAUCUGAUUCGGUAGAUGCCCGUCGGAAAUUGGAUGGCAACCUUUUGAUGACCGAAGAUGAGAAGAAUGGAUGUGGGAAAAGCCAGUGGCGCCAUGAAACUGGCAGAGAGAAAAGGGAGGAGAGCUGUUCAAAGGGAAAAGAAUGCAAUGGCGGUUCCGGUGCUUUACGUUAUGCCCUGCAUCUGAGAUUUCUUUGCCCAUCACCGAAGAAAGCUUCGAAUUCGGCUCGGAAAUGGAAAUCCGAUGAAACCGAUGCAUCUACCCUGCAAAAGCAGGGAUUGGAGGCAGAAGGGGAGAGGAGGUUUUAUCUGUAUAAUGACUUGAAAGUCGUGUUUCCUCAACGCCACACAGAUUCUGAUGAGGGCAAGUUGAAUGUGGAGUACCAUCACCCGGAAAACCCAAGAUACUUCGGCAUCACCAACUGAGCUGACUUUGCUUCAACAAGUUGUGCAUACCGCAGUGGCCCAUGCCCACUUUUGUACAUAUUUAUCACAAUUUGCCAAAAAGAAAUUGAUUUUGUGAUUAUUCUUUUAUAAUUUGAAAAAUGCAAGCAUGGAUCGA